GAUAACAGGCACAGAGCAAGAGAGCGAACAGAGCGAGAGAGAGAGAGAGAGAGAACGAAUAGAGCGAGCGAGAGAGAACGCACAGUACUGGACUGCCUGGAUAUCCUCUUCCAUCUGGGAGCCAUCUGUGUUUCUUUGGCUCUGGACUCGGCCACACUGGGGCUCACAUAUGUGGGAACGCAAACACAUGCCUGACAUAUGAAGGAGUGGAGAGAGAGAGAGAAGAGAACGUUAAGAAAGCAACGGCACCCCAGCUGAAUUAGGACAGACGAGCCGACUCUACUAGGGUGGAGACAGUGGAGAGAAGAAGACCCCUGCCAUGCCCGGCUCUCCUGUGGAUGUCAAGACUCAUUCCAGACCAGCCCCCAGCAGCAGCGCCACCAUGCCCCCCCUGCCCUCCAUCAACCCUAGCGGGCCUCGGCCAGCCUCCUUCUCCUCCACCACACUGACCAAUGGGAUCCACCACUCCCCGCCCAUGCUGAACGCCGUGCCCUCACCGCCCCAGCGCUACAGCAACGGGCCCAGCUCCUCUUCUUCCUCCUCGCUGGCCAAUCAGCAGCUCCCGGCCACGUGCGGUGCCAGGCAGCUCAGCAAGCUCAAACGCUUCCUGACGACGCUGCAGCAGUUCGGCAACGACAUCUCCCCCGAGAUCGGAGAGAGCGUCCGCAACCUGGUGCUUGCCCUCGUGAAUUCAACGGUCACCAUCGAGGAGUUCCACUCGCGGCUCCAAGAAGCCACCAACUUCCCCCUGAGACCCUUCGUCAUUCCCUUCCUCAAGGCCAACCUGCCCCUACUGCAGAGGGAGUUGCUCCACUGUGCGCGUGCGGCCAAGCAGACCCCGGCCCAGUACCUAUCCCAACAUGAGCACCUCCUGCUCAGCACCACGCUGGCCUCGCCCCCCGACUCCUCAGAACUGCUGCUGGAGCCCAGCGAGAGAGAGAGAGACAUGGCCACCAAGAGACACAGCCCUAACAGGGCCAAAGAGAAUGGCUUCCACGAGCGCCCGCCCGCCCCCCUGGAGCCCCCAACCAAGCGCAUCUGCACCAUCAGCCCUGCGCCCCGCCACAGCCCGGCCCAUCCCCUGCCCCUCAGCGCUCAGCUGCACCCCACGCCGCCCCCACUGCAACACUACGCCCUGGAGGACAUCAGCGCCCCCCACCUACUGCACCGUGAGAGCCGGAUACUGGAGCUCCGCGAGCUGAAGGACAGGCCCAGACUACCAGGCACUAACGGGGGCUACCGCGAGGAGCCCGUGGACCACAGGCUGACAGACAGAGAGUGGGCCGACGAGUGGAGGCAUCUGGAUCAUGUGUUGAACUGCAUCGUGGACAUGGUGGAGAAGACGCGGCGCUCGGUGGCCGUGCUGCGCCGCUGCCAGGAGUCCGACCGCGAGGAGCUCAACUACUGGCGGCGGCGCUCCAGCGAGCAGGAGGACCCCCGCAAGGGAGGGGCCGCCACCAUGCCCGCGCCCUUCUCCAAGACCCACAGCCCCCACACGGCCGAGGGACUCACCAAUGAAUCCCAGAGAGACUUUGCGCCGCGGCCUGGCUCGGGCUACGUGCCGGAUGAGAUCUGGAGAAAAGCUGAAGAGGCAGUGAAUGAAGUAAAGCGUCAGGCCAUGGACGAGGUGCAGAAGGCUGUGGCUGAGGCGGAGCAGAAGGCCUUUGAGAUGAUCACGGCUGAGCGCGCCAAGAUGGAGAAGACGCUGUCCGAGGCCAAGAGGAAGGCCACCGAGGACGCCAUCCAGGUCAUCAACGAGCAGGAGGACUCCAGCGAGUGCUGCUGGAACUGUGGGCGCAAGGCCAGCGAGACGUGCAGCGGCUGCAACGCGGCGCGCUACUGCGGCUCCUUCUGCCAACACAAGGACUGGGAGCGCCACCACCUCAUCUGCAGCCCCGGCCUGCAGGCCCAGCCCAAGCCUGUGUCCGCCAUCACCGCAGCCAGGGCCGCUGCGGCCGCUGCAGAUGUUACCACAGGGGCCAAGGCCCCAGAGAGUGUACCAACCGCUGCCAGCCCUGGGGGGGAGAAGGGGUCGAAUGCCUCUCGUUCCUCCACCCCGUCCACUCCUACAUCAGUGUCAGAGAGCAACGGGCACUAAGACUAGGACCAUGGAGGGUGGUAGUGAUACUGGCUCUCACUCAAGAUGGCCUCCGUUCCCCUUUUCCUUCCAUUCUGUUGUUCGUGACUGUUCAUAAUGGACGCCCCAAAAUGGCUUCCUUGCUCUGUUUCCCGUUCCUCUCGAACCGCUGACAGGUGAAAGAAGCUAGUGUACAUUGUUCCAUCGUUUUGGCUUUCACCAGACAAAUAACUUUAGGUCAGCGGUUGUGAGGGAGUGGAGACGAGGGAAGGAAGCUGUUUUGAAGAAUUACGAUGACCCAAUGUCUGUGACAUGAAGUGAUGUCACAGACAUUGCGUGAAAGGAGGAGGAAAUUAGGUCAUGUUACACCCAGAAAGAGGAGAAACUGUGGGGAAGGGAGGGAUUGCUUUUGUAAUGGUGGGCAGAAGACACUCAUCUGCUUUGGGACUCGGAGGAUCCAUUUUCAACAGUUGGACAAACAGACAAUCCACCUGACAGAUGGACACUUGUUUCACUUCAUCCAAAAUAACAAUCCCAAACAGAGAUGAGACGACUAAGGACUGACUUCAGACAAUGUUUUUGUCAUUUGUAUUGUUUUAAGAGGACUGAGGGGGAUGUAUGAGAUUUGGAACGGUCAUUUAUACCCAAGGGUGAAAGUGAUGGUUGAAGUACAUAUUUCCUAGUUUACUGUUGUGUUUGUAUAUAAAGCUAAGGGAAAAGAGGGUUAUGGGUCUGUGUUGACAGUACCAGAGUUCCUCAUCGUGGAAAGACAUUUUGGAGGUGACACGAUAGUGAAGUCACCUCCACAAUCCUGUUUGUAUAGCUACUUUUCUUGAUCGCACAAGUUAUUCGUCAGGUUCCUUUUUGUGUGUGUGUACGUACACGUGUCAAAACGGUUGUGCCGUCGGUGGAUAUUGUAAACUAAAACAUUACUACGAAUUUCAGAGCAAUAUAAAAAAAUACAAAGUGUUCAGGUAUUCACAAGCUGUUAUGCAUCACCAAAGUUUUCAAUUGCUAAACAAGUGUCAUUGCCUGUAACUGUCUAUUGUUGUACACAGAAUAAAUAUACAGAAACACUGUU